GUCAAAGUCAAUCGACCGCCUGAAAAAUUUUAUCAACAAGGGUUUCAUGGAAAUUAAUCGCGAAAAGUUAAGAUUUACUGUGAUAAAAAAACAUUCUGAUAAGUUAAAACAGGAAGAGGAACAAGAAGUGGUUCGCUUCAAAAAUGAACUCUGUCUUAAGAAGAACAGCAAGACCUUUGGGCCGAUUUUUCUCGACAACUGCAGUUAACCACUGCGCUCAACCGCCCAAGUUGAGGCCGAAAAAAGUUAUAGGCCCUAUAACCUGGAAGUCGAUGACUGUGACCGCGUUGGUUGGUGGCGGUCUAACAGCGUUUAUUUUGUAUGUGAGAAAAGAAAAACAAGAUGCUUUGGAUCGUGAAAGAAAGAGGCAACUUGGUAAAGCGAAGAUAGGAGGCUCUUUUGAACUUGUGGAUUCGGAGGGUAAAACGGUGAAAAACACAGAUUUUCUUGGAAAAUGGUUGUUAAUUUAUUUUGGCUUCACACACUGUCCUGAUAUUUGUCCAGACGAGUUGGAAAAGUUAGCAGAAGUUGUAGAUAAGCAUGACAAUACACCUUCAUCUCCACCGUUGCAGCCAUUAUUUAUAUCAGUUGACCCUGUGAGAGAUACGCCAGAAAUUGUAGGGAAGUACUGUAAAGAAUUUACUCCGAAGCUCUUGGGCCUCACUGGAACUACAGAGCAAGUGCAACAGGCAUGCAAAUCCUACAGAGUGUACUUUAGUGCGGGUCCACAAGACAAUGAUGCAGAUUAUAUUGUUGAUCAUACAAUUAUAAUAUAUCUGGUUAACCCAGAUGGCGAAUUUGUAGAUUACUAUGGCCAAAAUAGAAAUGCAAAGGAGAUUCAUGAUUCAAUACUUGUAAAUAUUGCAAAAUAUGAUGCUGGGAAGAAGUCAUCGUGGUUUUAAGGAAUAAAGCAUUUAUUUAAAUUAGUAUGAUAGAAAUGUAUUAAGUAUAUUAAAUAAAGUUGUUUAUUUUAA